GUUCGUCGAAUACAACUUUUAAAUUCGGCGCGUCUUAUUUAAAAUGGCGGAAUAAGUUACCCCUUCCAUCUUUCCUAACUCCUCCUCGUACCCACGAUAAGAUUUUGUAUUCUGUUCUUUUAUUCUUAUAUCAGUUUCUUGGGUGUGUAAAAGGAUAUAUGUGUGUUGAUGUAGAAUAUAGAUAGGCAUGGUGUCGAAGAAGAAAGAUUGGUAAAGGAAUAAAAGACGUCUUGUAAGACCUUCGCACGAGGAACUAGUUUUAGACCGAUUAGAGCCUGUUGAGCUGUAAUAAGAAUUUAUAUUGCUUGCUAGUCUACAUUACACUUUUAUUGAUGGUGGUGCCAUAUUUAUUAUAUAUGCAAAAAAUAGAAUAAAUAUCACAUUUCUGUUUCUUAGAACAAAAUAUAGUAUUCAAUGAAUGCCAAAGGUAAUCCACAGAAAAAAUUUAACAAAGAAUCAUCAUUUGCAAUGAUACCCAAGAUUAUGUCAGGAGCAACAUGCACCAAAUCUAAUGAUAACAUUUUAUUAAAUCCUGUUAAUAUAUUUGUAAAAUCUGAAGAGGAAAUGCUCGUUUCUUCUAAUAAGACUGUCCAAAGUAAUACAUACAAAAAUAAGGAAAUUAGUGAUUCAACGAUUCAAUCUAGUGUAGAUCAAAUAGGAUUAUGCGAUACUUCAAUUUUAUACAAAAAUAAUACAUCCAAUACAGAAACUCGUGAUCUGAAGUCUGAUCUCGAGUCGCAUCAAUCCAAUACAGAUUCUAAUAAAAUAAGCAAUAACGAUGAUACAUCUUUGAAAGUCAAAGAAAUCAUUGCCUAUCCAGAAUUAAACCCAAUAUCGCAGAAAGAAAUGACAAAUGAGCAGAAACCUGCAAAGUCUAUUAUUGUACAUUCUGCACAAGCAAAAAAGAGAGGAAGACCUAGAAAAUAUGUAUGUAUCCAAACUCCGGAAGAGUAUGAUAACUAUUACUCGCAUCUACAUGUUUCUAAUUUAGAAACGUCAACGUAUCGCACAAAAAAUUCAACAAAUACGUUCGUAGCUGCAUCCGAUAGUAAAUCCUCUAAUGAAAAUAUUAAGAUAGAUAUUUCUGACAAUAUUACUACACCUAAGCGAAGAGGACGUCCUCCAUCAAAAAACAAGAACAGUAUUAAAAAUGAAGUAAAAGAUCGUAUUAAAAAAAAAGUAACCAUUAAUACUCCUGACACUGAACAUAUACCACAAUUAUCCGAUACAGUUGUAGUCUCAAAGGAAAAUAGUAGAUUAAAUGUAGUAGAAAAAGAAGAGAUUCAAUUAAUUAAGUGUAUGAGAUGUGAAAAAGAAAUAGCAAAAGAACAACAGGAAGUACAUAAUUUAAUGAAACAUAACAAUAUGGGCUGGUACGAAGGAGAAGAAUCAAUGGACUUUCAAAAUGAUAUAAAAUUAUUGAAGAGGGUAUUAUCUAAUGCUAUAAAAAGAAAAAAAGGACAACUUGGUUGUGAACAAUGUGGUGCAAUAAAACGUAGUGUUAAUGGAUUUAUAUCACAUAUUCAAUUUUGUGGUAAAUCAGAUGAUGAAAAAAGGGCAUUGAUGGUAACGUGUUCCGUGUGUAAUGCUGUUAUGAUGCCAUCAUCUAUGGAAAUUCAUGAACGACAUCAUAGGGAAUUGAAAUAUAAUAAACGCAAAAGUUUUCUGAUGGAAUUUCCAGAAAAUGAAAAAGUAAGACGUAAAGCUGCGGAAAAAGCAGUGUCAAAAAUAUUACAGUUUACAGAACUUGUUAAGGAUGAAUGUUUAGGACAACCUAAAAAAGUGGAAUUAAAUUCUUCUGUAUUGAAAAACGUAAAAAUGCCGGAAUUGAAAAAGAGAGUGCCAUCUGUUUGGAAAGCUAUAUGGAAAAAGGAAUUAGAAUUAGAAGGUGUAUCAAAAUGUCGUCAAAUAGGAUGCAAUUUUUCAUGUUCUUCGUACGAAGAUAUGUGUAAACAUUGUUCUCAAUGUAAUUUUACACCUCAAGAGAAUUUUACUUGUAAAAUAUGCAAAUUUUUUGCUGAAAGCAAAGAGAAGAUUAUCGAGCAUAUCAAAGCUAAACAUGAAACUGAAGAUAAUGCGGAUAAUUCACCUGAUUUUAAAAAAGAAGAUAAUACGUCUGAUGAAAGUGAAGAUGAACCACUUGCAGAAAGAUUUAAACAGCAAUCGCAUACUAUAAAUCCGGAAAAAGAAAAAUCAUGUAGUAUAAUGAUGUUUUUGGAUGAUGCAUAUGCACUAAAAGCACCCUGGAGUAAAUUUUACAUGCCCACCUUGAAGUGGACAAUGGAAUAUGAAAUGGAGAAUUAUGAAUUUCAAUUAUUUGAUGAUUAUCUACCAAAUCCGUUUGUACUAUUAAAUGAUAAAGAUGCAAUGAAGUACUUACCUCCAUUAAAAGUAUCAAUGCCUACAAAAACAGUAAAUUUAAAUUCAUCUGGCAAUGUAGAGAAUGCAGAGAGUGAAUGGAGAUAUUGGAAAACAUUUGAAGGAGGAAUCUCUCAAGGUUUACCAACAUUUUUUACCGGUGGACCUAUAUGGGCUUUAGCAUGGUUAUCUAUUCCAGCUUAUGCAUACCUUAAAACACCUGAUCAAUAUGUAGCAUUGAGUACACAUCCUGACAUGGAAAGUGAAUAUGCUAUAGGAAAGGCGUAUUCAGGACAUAAUAUGAUACAAAUAUGGAAUAUGGGUAAAUUAAAUAAUGAGUCGAAAUUUAUGGUCAGUACUCCUAUUUUUUCAUAUGCAAUUGUACAUAAUAGUAGUACAAUAUGGUCCCUUGAAUGGUGUCCAUCUGGAUGUUACCAGGAUGAGACUUUAAAUAAUUAUAAAAAAGGAACACUUAGCUUUAGAAGAAUGGGUUUAUUAGCUGCUGCUGGUUCUGAUGGUUCUGUAUAUGUUUACUCAUUGCCAUUUCCAGAAGAACUUAACUUCAACAAAUCUGAAACUAAUAAUCUUCCAAUUUACAAGACUGAUCCUGUAUUGAUAUUAGUUGUAAAUAGUAUUAUAUAUAAUAAUAAUAAGCAACAUUGGCAAUGUACCAAACUAUCAUGGACAAAGGAACGUGGGCAUAAUACCAUUGCUGCAGGUUUUUCAAAUGGUUAUAUCGCAUUAUGGGAUCUCACAGAGGAAUCGCCAUUAUUAAAGCAAAAACAAAAUGAUUCAUUGGUGAUAAACGCAUUCUCACAUUUCUUUGCACAUGACAGUGCUGUUAGCAUGUUGGCGUUAAUUCCGUACAACAAUCAGCGAUUUUUAGCUUCAGCCAGCGUAGAUAGAUUUUAUAAAGUAUGGGAUUUGGAAAAUACAAGUUCUCCUCAAGAAUCUGUAAAAAAGGGUAUAAUAACUGAUGGAGUAUGGAUGUUGCAUUGGCCUAGUGCUGUGAUUGGUUUUGACGAUGCUUUAGGAUAUAAACAUACAAACUCGUACUUAGUUCCAUUGAGGGAACAUGGAUUUAAAUUGUGUCCAGUCCUUGCAACUAAUUCACCAACAUAUACCGUUGCUGUAACAGAUCAUGCAAAUGGUAUAGCACAUGGUUCUUUGGCUGGUGAUAUUAUUUCUAUUUUUCCACAUCAAUUAUUAUAUACAAAAGAUGUAGAUAAGAUAUUACCAAGAAAGAGACAAUUAAAUUCUUUUAUUGAAGUAGUAGAUUUAAAAGAAUUGCCAAAGGAUAGUCUUAAAAAACAAAAAGGAAAUGGCAAAGAAAAAAAGUCAAAAGAUUAUAAUUAUAUGCCUGAGACAUAUAACGAAUGUAAAGAACGUUUCGGUAUUAUUUUUCACAAUAAUUUUGUAAGCGUAAAAGAUAAUUUAUCGAAGGACGUGCAUCAAAAAGUUUUAUACUCGGAAAAGUUGACAUAUGUUCCCAUUGAACAAUAUCCAUUCACGUCUGUGAAUAAAAUAGCUUGGAAUCCAAAUAUGUGGAGUCAUUUAUGGCUUGCCGCAGGUUACCAAAAUGGUUUAGUAAGAUUAUUGAAUUUUACAUUUAUGUCGCCGAAAUGUGAUAUGAACAAAUUAAUAAAAGAGCAUGCAGAAGCUUUUUUAAAAAGGAUUAAAAAUCCAAGUAAAAAUCAUGAUUGAAAUAAAUAGGAAUAUUUAUA